GUUUCAGUUUGAUCAGUCGCCGGGUUUCGGGUUCGGGGUGCUGUCCUGUAGCCGUCGAGGAUUAGUGCGUCCCGAACUACAGCCGGUGCCGUCGAGUCUCGCGUCCGUCUCGAGAACGAGCAACACACAGCCUUGCUCGCUCGCUCACCGUGCUCCGCAUCGAGAUAAAUACUCCAGCGUCCUGAGCGUGACAAUCAAGAACUACGUCGACGGGUCGAAUUGCGAGGAAACCAGCGAAAGGACGACGUAUGCGAAUUUGAGAUUCAGAUUCGCAGCCAAGGGUUGCGAGAUUUCAGGGGCGGCGAGCGGACGGGGAGAGGAGCGCUCGUUUUCACGUUGAUCGUGGGUACAGUGUGUGUUUUGUUUUCCUCUCAUUUUCGACAACGCGCUGCAGUGUGUGUGCAGUGCCGAUUGUCUUCUCUUCUCUGACUGCCGAUUCCGAGCUCAACGCCGCUACUGUGAUCAUAUCGAUAUCCACACAACGGAGGUGCCCUGGGUAAUCAGAGAAAUAUGAGUGCUCUCACGUUCCCAUUAUGCACCUUGCUCGCCCUCGGCAUUGCCGCGACCGCGGCCGCCGGUCUGAAGUGCGACGCCGUUAGGACUUACUUCGAAGCUCAGGGAUUUCCACCGAGCGACAUACCCAAAGAGCCGAUCUCCUCCCGUGAGUUGAAGACCUGCGGUGGCGUCAGUAGCGGCGGUGAAGUAUGCUGCUCAGCUGACAUGGAGCUAAGACUCCAGGCUCGAGCAAAGGACAAACACGAGAAGGCUACCAGAGACAGCCUUCACAGAUGGCAUCAGAUAUUCGCCACAAGGGCGACCAAGUUUCAUGACUUUUUCAAAGAUCUACUGGCGGCGAGUAAAAAAGGUUUUCACGAAAUGUUCAAACGAACAUACGGCGUUAUUUAUGAACAGAACGCCUACCUAUUCACCGACCUGUUCAAGGAACUCGAGAACUACUACGCCAGGGGAACGGUCAACCUUGAAGACGCGAUGGACAAUUUCUUCAACGUCCUUUAUCAGAAGAUGUUCACGGUGAUGAACAGCCAAUAUCAAUUCGACGACAAGUAUCUCGAGUGCGUUGGAGACCACAUGAAGGAGAUGAGCCCUUUCGGCGACGUUCCUCAAAAAUUGAGUGUCCAGAUAAAGCGAUCGUUCGUUGCAACCAGGGCGUUCAGCCAGUCCUUGAACGUCGCUGCUGACGUUCUGAAGAACAUGCAGACUCUUAGAUCAUCUCCCGAAUGCGCCGCGGCUUUAACCAGAAUGACGGCGUGCCCAUCAUGCAGUGGCAUUCCUGGUAAUGUCUUGGCCUGCACGAAUAUGUGCAGCAACGUAAUGAAGGGCUGUCUCGCUCAACAUGCUGCGCUUGAUGUCGACUGGAAUCAUUUUGUCGAGGCAGUCGACAAGGUCGCGGAGCGUCUUCUGGGUCCGUUCAACAUCGAGGUGGUGGUCGAACCGAUAGACAUAAAGAUAUCGGAGGCAAUCAUGAACUUCCAAGAGAGUGGAGCUGACGUGUCACAGAGAGUUUUCUCUGGCUGUGGUAAACCGAUAUUGGGGAAAAGACGGAGGCGGGACAGCAGGGAACUCCAGCUCGAGUCGCUGAAUUUCAAUCAGGCUUCAUCGGCCGAGGAUAGAGCUCCUACCGCCGCCAUGAUGGACAAACUCGUAAAGGAGAUCAGGCAGAGGAUCAGAGAUUCAAGACAAUUCUGGACCUUACUUCCCUACCAAUUAUGCAACAACGGCCUCGUCGUUCCUCCUAGCAAUACCAAAGAGUGCUGGAACGGGACUCACAUUGACCAGUACAUAUAUCCAGUAUCUUCGAGCGGUGAGAUUCAGACUCUGAAUCCCGAGGUCCAAGCCUCGGGACCAAAGGCAACGGUUGUCAAGGAGCAGUUGUACGCUCUUUCGAUGAUCAGUAACAGGUUGAGGUUGGCCUUCAACGGUCAAGACGUCGAUUGGAUCGACACAGAGGAGACUGGAUACGGAUCCGGAAGUGGUUCGGGAGACGGCGGUGACGACGAUGAUGGUCGCAUCGACGACGACUUCGAGGAUGAGAACAUCGAGGGUGGCGACGUUGAGGGGAGAAUUCUGGUGGAGGGAUCAGGUUACGAGACGUCAACAAAUUCGAGGGACAAUCAAGACGCCUACAACAACAACAACAACAACAACAACAACAACAAGCAACAGACUACGACGACGAUUCUUGGCAAAGACGAAAGUCCGGUUGUUCCUCCGAAGAUCGACACUUCCGUUACGACAAAGAGCAAACCCGGUGCCAAUAACAAGACUUUGUCAGUAGCUGGUAGCGGCAAUGGUGUGUAUAGACCAAAAAUGUCACUCACCAGAGCACUGACUACGUACCUUUUCCCGAUAGCCGUAAUGUGGUUCGGCGGUUGUUUAACCGAGUGGCUGUGAUCCGCCAGUUAAUAAUUAAUAUUAUUUUAAACCUAUUGGUUAUAGGGUAAACAUUAUAUUAUUGCAUUAAUAACGCAAUAUUGUAAAUAUAUUAUAUUAUAUUGUGACGAUAAUAUCAUUAUUAUUAUUAUCAUUAUUAUUGUUAAUGAUACUAUGUUUUGUUAUCACUCUCAUCAAAUUCUUCAAUUGCGACGAUGAUGAUGAUAACGAUGAAGAUGAUCAUAAUAAUGAUGAUAAUAACAAUGAUAGGAAUCCCCCCGAUCUGAGAGAAGAUUGAAAAUUGAAGGCGAAGAAGAUAAGUGAGCAAUUUUUUUCUACAUCCUUUUCUUAACGUUUUUCUAUAUAUUCAGUUUAUGACGGUAACCUUUCUCGUCAAAGGCUAAUAAUAAUGAUUAUGAUGAUAAUAGUAUCAACAAUAACAAGGGUAAUAAUUUAUAAUAAUAAUAUUGAUAUCACACGUGAGAUUGUUAAAGCAGCUUUGAAAAAGAUGCUUUUUGAGAAAAGAUUUAAUCCGAAAAUAAAAGUGAUGAUAAUACUAAUAAUAACAUUAAUAAUAAUAAUUAUCUAGGUCGGGAAAAAUUGCUUAACCCGUGAAAUUGAAAAGAAAUCACGUCUACGACGGUAUCAAAGAAAG